AUGAAUGAGAACUCUUCGUCAUCACAUCAAAGCGGAGGACUCUGGCAAUCGGCUUUUAGAAAAUUAGAGGUUUUUAAAUCACAGUUUAAUAACCUGUAUUCCUCUCUUCUGGGUUCAAAAGAUAACGACCCUUCUUCCGUCCCCGAAUCCGCUGAGGCAGAUUUUAUUGAUAUCAACCCUUUUAAUAGAAACUUCUUUUUUAUACUCUAUUGCCUUACAACUCUAGGAUUGCUAUUUUUUAGUUGCAUUGUUAAAGGAAGUGUGCAGUCGAAUAAGAAAAUGGAAAUGGGAAUAGAUGUGUUAUUGUUCUUAGUGUCUGUGGCAGGGCCUAUUAUGUACGGAAUGUGGAUAUUGAUGAAUGAAUAUAAUGACAACGGAAUAGAAAAUGUGAUAAAAAAUAAUUGGAAUAUUGUUGGUAGUAUGAUACCAAUAAUCAUCGGAAUUUUGAAUGGGAAAGUGACUAGAAGAUACAGAAUUAUGAUGGCAGGGCUGGGCAUCAUAAUGAUAUAUGUGCAGAAAAUCGUUCAAGAAAAGAUACACAAAGGGCAACUGCUUACACUCAUAAUUGGAAAUGCAGUGAUGAUUUCAGUUUACUUAAUUAAACUAGUUAAUGAAGGAUUUGAGGAUGAAUAUGAGAUCGUUAUAUGCAUUGUUCCUAUUGUAAUUGCAAUUGGGCUAAUAGUUAUAGACAUGCUAGAGGAAAAAAAAGAAGGAAGUGAAGUAAAUUCAGAAAUGAAGAAUAUAGUAUGUGUAAUGUCUUGGAUAGUUGGAACAAUUGGAUGGUAUCUGGGGCCAUCUGCUUGA